AUCCCUUUUAUGCCGCUGACAAAUUCUUCUCUGCCCAUCUCAUUAAUUUCUUUUACUAGCUACUUCAACUUAUAUAUUCUUCUUUCUUUCUCUUACAACUUAUAGCUUCUCCACCAUAUAUAAUUUUAUUAUAUAGUUUUUAUUAAUUAAUUUAGCACAUUUCCAAUGGGAAGAUCACCAUGUUGUGAAAAAGUUGGUUUGAAAAAAGGACCAUGGACACCUGAGGAAGAUCAAAAGCUCUUAUCUUACAUUGAAGAACAUGGUCAUGGAAGUUGGCGUGCUCUUCCUACAAAAGCUGGACUUGAGAGGUGUGGCAAAAGUUGUAGAUUGAGAUGGACUAAUUAUCUAAGGCCUGAUAUUAAGAGGGGAAAGUUUACUUCACAAGAAGAACAUACCAUUAUUCAACUUCAUGCACUAUUAGGCAACAGGUGGUCAGCAAUAGCCACACAUUUACCUAAGAGAACAGAUAAUGAAAUCAAGAACUAUUGGAACACACAUCUUAAGAAAAGGUUAAUAAAACAUGGAAUUGAUCCUAUUACACACAAACCAAAAAAUGAAACCCUUUCCUCUGAUAAUCAUUCCAAGAAUGUUGCAAAUCUUAGCCACAUGGCUCAAUGGGAAAGUGCAAGACUUGAAGCUGAAGCAAGAUUGGUUAGAGAAUCAAAGCUACGUACACAAUAUUCAGUGCAAAUUGGAAAUAAUAAUUCUAUUUUUCCAUCACAAUCUUCAUCAUCUGCAUCAUCAUCUUCAAAUCAAGUACUUAAUAAUAUUAAAGAAGAAGGUGAGAAAGAGUGGAAAGGUUAUAAUGAAGAUUCAACACAUUUGUUAGAAUUCAAAGAAGUGAUGGAGAAUUCAUCAAUGGCUUUUACUUCUACAAUGAUUAAUGUUGCUGAGGAUGGUUUCACUAAUCUCUUGCUCGAUAAUUCUAACUCCGGUGAUCCGAGUUUGUCACCGGAGAGUGGUGUAGAGUGUAAUACUUGUGAUGGAAGUGGUAGUGGCGGUGGCAAUGGUGGUGGAAGUGAUUUCUACGAAGACAACAAGAACUACUGGAACAACAUUCUUAAUUUAGUCAACUCUUCACCUUCUGAUUCGCCGAUUUUCUAAAAAUGAAAAAAAGUUGAAUUAUUGAUAAAAAUUAGUGACGGAAAAAUAAAAAUUUAGUCUCUAAUUUUAGUGUUUUUGACAUUGAACUACGACAAAAUUAGAGUCUGGAUUAUUCUUUUCCUUUUCUAAUUUUUGUUGAUAAUUCAACUUUUUUUUUCUUCUUAGUUGACCAAAUUAGUUUGUGGAUUAAGUGUGAAUUUUAGAAUGUUUUUCAAACUAUUGGUUUUUCCUUCACAAGAAAUGACCACAUGCAAAGAGGAAAAGAAAAUAAAAUGGUUGAGUAAUUAAGUUAUGGACAAUGUCAGAAAGCAAUUCAAUCAGUGAAUUUCUGUGAAAAUAAUGUGUUUGUCGGUUGAGUGCUUGGUCAAAUGUUGAUCUGAAAUUGUUUUGAAUUUGUUUAGAUUGAUUUCUGUAGACAAGUUGAUAUUCCAAAGAAUCAAGUUGUGAGUUUUUACUUGUUGGUAAAUUUCCUAUGUUUCAAACUGUAUACAAACUAUAUCUAAUAAUAGAAGUAUUUAGUAUGGACUUUUA